AAGAAGCCGCCCACUGUCACGUGUUAGCGACGUGCCCUGCGGCAGAACGUUACGUGAGCGUGACGUCACCCGGGCCUAAUAGCAAAUUGGAACUAGCAGCGACCCGUAGUGACUACAGGAAAAAUGGGGCUGGAAAGUACUAUGGUCUGUGUGGAUAAUAGUGAAUAUAUGAGAAAUGGGGACUUCCUGCCAACGAGACUUCAGGCGCAGCAGGACGCAGUGAACAUUGUUUGUCACUCCAAGACUCGCAGUAACCCUGAAAAUAAUGUGGGGCUCAUCACACUGGCAAAUAACUGUGAGGUUCUCACCACACUCACUCCAGACACUGGGCGAAUCCUUUCCAAACUCCACGCGGUGCAGCCCAUUGGCAGGAUCACUUUCUGCACUGGAAUCCGUGUUGCGCAUCUGGCACUGAAGCACCGCCAGGGCAAGAACCACAAGAUGCGGAUAAUCGCCUUUGUUGGAAGUCCAGUGGAGGACAAUGAAAAGGAUUUGGUGAAACUGGCAAAGCGUUUGAAGAAAGAGAAGGUGAGCGUCGAUAUCAUCAAUUUUGGAGAAGAGGAGAGUAACACGGAGAAGCUGACGGCAUUUAUCAACACCCUGAAUGGAAAGGACGGCACUGGCUCCCACUUGGUCACUGUCCCUCCUGGGCCCAGCCUGGCCGACGCCCUCAUCAGUUCUCCAAUCCUGGCGGGAGAGGGAGGGGCAAUGCUGGGACUGGGAGCCAGUGACUUUGAGUUUGGGGUGGAUCCCAGCGCUGACCCGGAGCUGGCCCUGGCUCUGCGUGUGUCUAUGGAGGAGCAGAGGCAGCGGCAGGAGGAGGAGGCCAGGAGAGCAGCCGCUGCUUCAGCUGCAGAAGCCGGAAUCACUUCCACUACUGGGGAUGAUUCGGAUGAGGCGCUGCUGAAGAUGACCAUUGGGCAGCAGGAGGGCACGCGCAGUGGGCUCCCAGAUUUCAGCAGCAUGACGGAGGAUGAGCAGAUUGCAUACGCCAUGCAGAUGUCCCUACAGGGGGCAGAGUUUGGCCCAGUGGAGGCCGGGGAGCUGGACAGCAGUGCUGUAAUGGACACCUCAGAACCCACAAAGGAUGAAGAUGAUUAUGACGUGAUGCAGGAUCCCGAGUUCUUACAGAGUGUCCUAGAGAACCUGCCCGGAGUGGACCCCAAUAAUGAAGCCAUUCGCAAUGCUAUGGGGUCCCUGGCUUCCCAGGCCUCUAAGGACAACAAGAAGGACAAGAAGGAAGAGGAGAAGAAAUGACGGGCGCAGGAGCUGCCACUUGCCUCGCACUCUGACAGACUGGGGGGGGGGAUUGUGGGUGGGGCUAUCUAUUUGCAAUUCUAGUUACAUAAUAAAUAUCUUGCUGUUGCUCUGA